AUGAAAGCAGUCGCUUCAACCUUUCACCAGGUGGUAAAGUUUAUCGGAUGGAAUGGACGACAGGAGAGCCUCCGAGGGGAUCAAAUCCAAUCAAAGAAAUGCUACAUCAGCACUGUCACAAACAAGCAGACCUGUAUGGAGGUACAAUGCGUGGAAGCCACUUCCGUUCCUAUAAUCGAAGAUGUUGGAGUGCCAGCCGAACGAAGAUCUAUCGAGGAGUUAAUACGCUUCUCAAUCCCUGGGGGCGAAGGAAGAUAUUUUUUAAUUGGGAGUUCUCUGAGCGUGGCGGAACGUGAGGAGAUGUAUGACUUCCUGAUGCGAAACAUAGAAGUUUUUGCUUGGACUCCACAAGACAUGCCGGGUGUGGAUUCUUCGUUCGCCAUGCACUCAUUGAAUGUCGAUCCAAGUAGGCGGCCAGUGGUGCAGAAAGUUCGACGCUCGUCCGCCGCACAUGUCGAAGCUGUAAUGACAGAAGUGGAUACACUGUUGGAGGCAGGCGUCAUUCGGGAAGUCUUAUAUCCCUCUUGGCUUGCCAAUCCAGUGGUUGUACCGAAGAAAAAUGGGAAACUAAGGGUUUGUGUUGAUUACACAAACCUCAACGACGCUUGUCCUAUGGAUAGAUUUCUCCUUCCUCGGAUUGAGCAAAUGGCGAACGCUACAGCAGGGAGAAGACGGCCUUUAUUUCUCCUCGGCUACAAGGUCGUUCCAUUCGGCCUGAAGAAUGCUGGUGCAACCUUCCAACGCUCCAUCACGAAGAUGUUUCCUGGAAUGCUCGGCAAAAUAGUAGAAGCUUAUAUCGAUGAUCUGGUUUGCAGAAGCACGUUCGCUCGGGACCACCUUUGGGACUUGGGAGAGGUCUUUGCUGUUUUGAAACAACGGAAGCUGCGUCUCAAUGCCGAGAAGUGUGCGUUUGGCGUAAGCUCGGGAAAGUUCCUUGGCUACAUGGUAAGUCACCGAGGGAUAGAAGCUGAUCCUACACAAAUCUUGGCCAUGCAAAAUCUCCAAGCUCCGACUACUAUAAAAGAGGUACAGCGACUCACGGGAAUGGUUGCUGCCCUGAACCGUUUCAUCCGACGUUCGAGCGAUCUCUGCCGUCCAUUUUUUCGAGCAAUCACCACUAGCCGACGAAGAUUCAUAUGGACCGAAGAGUGCGAGCUGGCUUUGCAAUCUUUAAAGCAGUACCUGUCCCACACUCCUUUGCUCGUCAAGCCUCUACCCGAUGAAGAUCUUUAUCUUUACCUUGCUGUUUCUGACCAUGCAACGAGCGCGGUUCUUGUUCGGAAAGAGGGAAUGGAGCAUCAACCAAUCUUCUAUUCCAGCAAAACGAUGAUGGCCUCUCAGACGAGCUAUCAUCAGGCCUUGGCCGACUUCUUUGCCGAACUCACUCAUGGAUUGCAAGACGAAGCCAACGCCUUGGCCACCGCCGCUGAAGAAGCUCGGAUUCAAGAAGAAGAGGUUUUGGAAGGACCAUGUAACCGUCCCGUGGAGCCCCUCCGUGCUCGGUACUCCCUCGGACGAAAGAAACCAAAGCGGCAAUGGAAGCUCUUCUCCGGCGACGCCUGGCGACUGACGGUCGAUGGAGCUUCUAACGUUCACGGGGCUGGAGCGGGCAUCGUUCUUGUGUCUCCAAACGGGACCGUGCAUGAAAGUGUUGUCUCAAUUGGAUACUCGGCGAUGAACAACGAAGCAGAGUAUAAAGCUCUGAUUGCUGGCCUCCAGCUAGCUCUUCGGCUUGAUGCAGAUUCGGUUCAUGUUUUUUGUGACUCUCAGCUCAUUGUGGGUCAUUUAAACGAUGAUUAUCAAGCCAGAGACCAGCGUAUGAAUGCUUACGUAAGCCACGUCUUGGCCCUGUUCGGAAGAUUUGGCCGAGUAGAAGUAGAAUGGAUCGCUCGGGAGCACAAUGCACAUGCUGACGCCCUGGCAGGUCUUGCUUCUGUUUACAGGACCUCGGGCGGUCGCACUAUUACCUUUGACGAAGUCUCAGCCCCGAGCUUCGAACAGCCGUGUGAACAAGUGAUGGCGAUCACCCUCGGUCAAGGUCAGCUGGAUCCAGUGGUUGAUUACUUGAAGAACCAGGUGUUACCACCGAACAAACGCGAAGCAUACAAACUCCGUUGCCGAGCGGCCAAUUUUUUCCUGGAUCCAAACAACAACCUUUACCGACGAACUUUCACUGGCCCCGAUCUGCGUGUCGUCCACGACGACCUUGUGCAGGCCGUUCUGGAGGAACUCCAUUCGGGAAGCUGUGGGGCGCAUUCAGGAGGACGGUCGCUUGCACAGCGUGCUCUGACGCAAGGCUAUUGGUGGCCGAAGAUGGUAAAGCAAUCCGAAGAAUAUGUGAAGCAAUUUGGCAAGAUGCUGAAGGCGCCAGGUGGAUUUGAGUAUAUGCUCACAGCCACGGAUUUGUUCACUAAGUGGGUUGAAGCUUCCCCCUUGGUCAAGACCACUGCAGGUGACAUGGAACGAUUUAUUUGGAAGCACAUCAUCUCGAGGUUCGGCGUACCAUACGCCAUCCUUUCUGACAAUGGCUCCCAGUUUGUCACCUUCGCCAUCAAAACUUUUUAUGCAAAGCAACACAUCACAAUCUAUAAUUCUUCUGUGGCCUAUCCACAGGGCAAUGGACAGGCCGAAGCUUCUAACAAGACGAUCACUCGGGGGCUUAAGCGCCGUUUGGACAGGAAACUCGGUAAAUGGGUGGAGGAGCUUCCACACGUUUUAUGGGCCUACCAUACAACCCCUCGGCGGUCUACCGGCCGUACUCCAUUUGCUAUGGCCUAUGAUUUCGCUGAAGAACUUCGUGACAAUGCUCACCUCCGGCACACUGCAUAUCAACAAGAAGUUACAAGAGGGUACAACCGGAAUGUUCGUGCUCGUCCUUUUAGUGUUGGGGACUUAGUCCUUCGGAUGGUUACCGAAGCAUCAAAGCUAACCAAGCUGAAGGAUCCCUAUGAAGGACCUUAUCGAGUGGUGGAGAAGAUCGGGCAUGGUGUCUACAAGCUUGCUGAAAUGGAUGGAACGCCAAUUGCCAAUCCAUGGAAUGCUCAAAAACUUAGGAAAUUCCAUGGCUAG